AUGAAGAAAUAUCUCAAGGAUACAUCCAAAGCUGACUUAAUCCGAGCAACUUUACCUAUGAUACAAAAUAAGAAGCACAAGUUGUUACUACAUGAACUCACCAAUUCUGCCAUCAUCAUCAAUAUGCCACCCACAAACACUGCCCACAAUUUUAAUCUAAGCAGCUUCCUUAAUUCUAUGAACAAUACAGAUCAAACCAAAGGGAAUGAGCCAUUAUCUGAAGAUUGUUAUCUGCUCAAAAUUGGCAACUAUGAACCUAUGAAAGAACAAGAAUAUGACCAUUUCCUUGAGUUUUACCAUUUAAGAUAUGAAAGCAUAUAUCUACGAGGCUAUCAGGAGGCAGUCAUUAAUUUACCAUUUAUAAACAACAUAAUUCAAAAUAUGCCAUCUAUAAAUCUUCUUAGCCAGGUCUAUAAAGCUGGAUCUUUCAUACAGGCAUCAUUCCAAAGAACUAGAACCAAUGCAAUCAAGACAUAUACUGGUCAAAUACAACACAUCUUUAUAAAUGACAUCGUCGACCAUACACCGUAUAAGCCACUUUGCCACACUUUUGCCUAUGUCAAGUGGUACAUCCCUGCAGUCAAAAAUGCAGCAAGAGUUGAGGGUGUCGUAAUUGAUGACUUUCGUUUUUUUACAGAUGACUUUCAUUGUAUAUUGCCCAUUUAUUGCAUCUCAUCAUCUGUUGUCAUUGGUGAAUGUGUAAAUGCAAAAAAAGUUGUCAGGAUGGUUAUUGUAUCAAUUCUUAGAAAAGUAUAUGCUUAA